UUUUGUAACUUUUUUUGUGAAAGUUUUACAUCCUGCCUUACCUUUGCGACUGCUAGAUACUUAACCUUUGAUGGCGGUGCAUGUGAUGAAACGGUAGCGAUCCCUUACCUUUGACGGACCAUAUUUGGCGUUUAAUUCAGGAAACAGCAUGAAACUUAUAUGCAAAGGAUGUCCACUUCUGGAUUAUAUACUUAAUAUAUCUGUGUUCGUAAAGAUGCUGGUGCUCACCUGUCAUUUAUCCAAAACAGAUGCAAAUGCUUGCACUGGGACUUGUGAAGAAAAGUUCUUUGACAUGCAAAAAGGAUGUAACGAAUACGAAACAAAGAUAACGAAAUAUGACAACUUUGAACAAAGCACAGAAUUAUGUCGAAGCCUGGUAGAUUUUCUAUUUUGUGUUGGAAAUGUAGCUCCGAUGUGUUUAGAUAAAAUGAUGGAGCUAAAGGCGCCCUAUUUCCAAAGCCCUUAUGACUGUCAUAUCACAGAUGAGGACUUAACUAAAAUUCAGAAUUAUAAAUCUUGUAAACAACUCACUACAUCCAAUAGUAUAGAUCCCUCCACAGUAGCUAGCCAAACAUAUGAUCCGAACACAAAGUCUUUUUCUGUAACAUUCCAAACUUCGAGCCCGACCAAUCAGCACCAGAAGGAAUCGAACAUAUACCUGAAAAAAGAGAUAUAA